CUAGCAGCGGCCGCGAUGAACAAAACCGCAACAAGAGGAUCCUCUCACUGCUGGGCUCGUCACUUUUACAGCUUCCGAUAUGGGGUACUCCAUCUGUCAAACAUUGAGCUGCUGCCCACGACCAAGCGCUGACCAUGCACAACAACAGGGUUCGCAAUGAGCUACGGUGUGCUGCAAGAAUACUUUAUGGGUGAUUGGGAGCUUGAAGGCCCCGUCGAGAUUACAGGCACAAUCGGCACCACCUUCAACGGAGUGACGUACAUCUCCAUGCCCAUCCUCUUUGCCAUGUUCGUCGGCCGAUGGUCGCAGUGGCGCAGAGCCGCCGCCUCGGCGGGCGCCAUGCUCCUCACGCUGAGCCUGCUUGCCUCGUCAUUCAGCACAAGCGUCUGGCACCUCGUCGCCACGCAGGGCGUCUUCGCAGCGAUUGGCAGCGCCCUCAUCUUCAGCCCCACGACGCUCACCCUGGGCGAGUGGCAUCAGACGCACAACCGAGCCAUUGCGUACGGCGUCACCUUGUCCUGCAAGAACAUUGUCGGGUCCGCCUGCCCGUUCCUUUUCCGCGUGCUCCUCGACAACUACGGCUUUCGCACCACCCUUCGAGUGUGGCUGGCCAUCGCGGCAGGGUCCAGUGUAGUCGCCAUCGCGUUGAUUCCUCCGCCGCCCUCGGCAGAGACUCCCGUGGCCUACCGCCCCCGUAGCAUCCCCUGGCAUUUUCUGCGGCACCGGACAUUCUACGUCUACAGCCUGGCUAUUCUUUUACAGAGCUCUGGGUACGGCAUCCCCCAGACAUAUCUCAGCACAUAUGCCCACGAUGUGGCAGCGCUGUCGCAGUCCUCGGCGACACUGCUGCUCACUCUCUUCAACAUCCCUGGCAUCAUUGCGUCGUACUUCUUCGGGUACCUCAGCGACAGCAGCAAGGUCUCAUUGUCCACAGCUUCGGUUUGUCUGUUGUCGUCCCUCGCCUCUGCCCUGUCGGCCUUCCUCCUUUGGGGCAUGGCUGCGAACGGGAGCAUGGCGGUGCUCGUCCUCUUCGCCCUGAUCUUUGGCUUCUUCUCGGGGGGAUACAGCGCCAUCUGGGGCGGCUUUAUCAACGACAUGGCCGGCGAGGCGGCUGCUGCGAACGAGGCGAUUGACACAGGCAUGGUGUACGGCCUUCUCAACGGGGCCCGAGGCAUCGGCUAUGUCAUUGGUGGUCUUGCUUCCGUGCCACUGCUGGCGGCGGGAAGCAGGCAGAGCCUGGGUCUCUUUGGCUACGGCUCGGGGUACGGCCCUCUGAUCAUCUUCACUGGCCUGACUUCGGCCUUCGGAGGGUGGGCGGUGUUUUGGCGGACAAAGAGACUUUGACCUCACCCAACCACCAUUGAGGGCCCAGUUGGGGUUUGUUGCCAGCAGCCCGUCAUUUUCCAUUUUCACCGAAUGGGUAUGUUUACUCUGGUCUGGUGGAGGACACCAUGGUAAAUUAUUCCAGCAAAUGCUUAUGGACAUUAUGAUUAUAUUCCAUUGAAUGCAAAGGGGGGAAUUCUAUCGGAAGAUCAAACGCUAUGGUAUCUCAUUCUGUGCCAGACGGCGCACACUCUCCGCCGUCCUCAGCUCUCGGGCUGAUGGUGAUGCUUCAUCUGCAAGCUCUCAAUAGGGCGGUGCUCCUCUCCUCUCUCUCUCAUCACUUUUCUCACAGAGCAUAAGCA